AUGUCAGAUAGUGCGGACUCAGAUGUGCAGCAGAACAAGCGAACCAAGAGACAGAAAUCAAGGGGACCCAUAUAUACCAAAGAGGAGAAUGCUGCAUUGGUUGCUGCAGUAUCAAAAGAAAAAGUGACACUCUUCUGCCAAUACGUGCCAGCAUCUGAGAAGUCAGCAGCCUGGGAACGAGUCCGGGACUCCGUGAAUGCGGUCUCCAAGUUUCACAGGCCCACCAAUGGCGUCAGACACAGGUUCUAUGAUUGUCGGGCAACGGUUACAAAGAAGAUGCAGAGGCUUCGACUAGGACAAAACCGAGGAAAGCCUAUCAAGUUGCGAGAGUGGGAGGCGGAGCUAAGAGAUGUCCUUCUGGCAGAGGAUGUCCCUGGAUUCAGCAGCAGGGGUCAAAAUCAUAGAGCUGGUGAUCAAGAAACAUCAUCCUUGGAAGGAUCAGCUCCAACUCCAAGUACAUCCUAUCAACAACAUUCUGGUGAAAGCUGCAUUCAAGACCCUCCAGCAUCGGCUUCUGGCAGGACCAUUGCUCCUCCUCAGGAUCAGCAAUACCACCCUGAGAGGAGAGUACAGUGCAGCCCGCACUCUCCUGUUCUUCUUUUGGAGAGGCUGGAGAUUCAGCCAGAGAUUACCCCUAUCAUUCCCCAGACUCCUGAUUUCUCCCCCGGCCCAGAGGAGGAGCACAGAGGACAAGGUUCAUUCAUUCAGCCACCCCAUGCCCUGAUGCCACCUACUGCUGUACCGCCUUUCCCAACUGUGCAGGAGAUCAUUCUGAGGGAGCUUAUAGAAUUAAGGUGUGACAACCGAAAACUACAACGAAAGGUCAAAAGGCUUACCCGGCUUACCCAUCAGUUGAGCAGGCAGCAAACUGAGAGUUUUGAAAUAAUUUUGGCCCGGGCAAGCCAACAACACAAUUAGGCAUUGGACAGAGUAUAUUUUGUUUACUUGAAGAUAUUUCCAGACACAUUGCUCCAAUGCCUGGGAGCUACGAUGAACAUAUAACCAACAAAGACGUUUUGAAAAAUGAAGGCUAGACCUUCCUCUGCCCAUCUCAUCGCAAAUUAUUAUGCAGAAUCGAUCUUUUUACUGUUCCUUGAUUUUGGUAGAAACGUUUUCUUAUGCUGCCAAGUUACACCUACCCAGCAUGUGUGUUUGUAAUUUCUAUGAAAAUAUUUUUUUUUUUGUGAAUAUAAAACUAUUUUUGGUCUAA